AUGACGUCGCCAGAAUUGGAGGAUGAAGCUUCGGAUGUCCAUGUUAAACGGAGAAGGGUCCAACGUGCCUGUGAUCCCUGUCGACAGAAACGCGGCCCUUGCGACGGGACUCGAAGCCCCUAUAAGAAAUGCACGUAUUGUGCAGCCAACCACCUCGAUUGCACUUAUUCUGGCGCCUCUGCGAAAAUGGUAAAGGUCCCCUUUGACUCUAGAACGGACACUCAUCUCUUGAUCUGCAGCUAUACAGAAGCGCUAGAGGAAAGACUAACCGCAAUGCAAACGCUAUUGGACAAGUAUCAAACAACAAGCAGCCACACUGGCAAGCAAAAGCCAACACCCAUUCCUCCCCGAAUCGGGCUUGAAUUCGCGUCUAUGAGCAUCCGUUUUGCUCGCGAUGCUGAACGUAGCAAUCAAUCGGCUGAACCCGCGGAGAUCACUAUGUCUGACCAACUAAUGGAGUGGAUGGGCGAAGCAAAUUACCCUCCGGGAUCAACCUGGAAUGUGUGUCGGAGUCAAUUCCUUGGCGAAUCGAGCGGACAAAAGGUUAUCAGCACCACCCUGGACAUGCGCAACGACAACACGCUGCAUGAAUCUUCGGUGGUCUUAGUUCCAAACGAUUUAACUCCUCAGCCCUCUUUUGCUUGGCGAAAAAGUGGCUAUUGGCACACCAAACCAUGGAGUGUCAUUCCGUCGACAGCAGCAACAAACGGCGUGUCCUCGUAUAAUUUUCCUCCUUCCACCCUCCUUUCCUCCCUCGUCGCCUUAUAUUUUACCCACAUGAACGUCUACAUUCCCCUUCUACAUCGACCGAUUUUCGAAAAGCUCAUCGCUGCCAAGAUCCAUGAAGUCGAUUCCAAGUUUGCGGAGACCGUGCUUCUAGUCUGCGCCAUCGGAGCGCGUUAUUCAAAUGAUCCGGAGGUUUUGCUGGACGCGCGCAUCGAUGGUCGCGAUGACGAGCGCCAGAAACAACUCUCCAGUGGCUGGAAAUACUUCGUUCAGGUUCCUUUGGGUCUAGAUAGCCUCUACGAAACGCCAGGGCUAUUUGACUUGCAACGUUAUUGCCUUGCCAUCCAAUUUCUCGAAGGAUGGGAAACGGAGAGUACUUGGGCCCUCAUCGGGAUCGGCAUACGCAUCGCCCAAGGAGUUGGAGCACAUCGGCGUCAAACCUCCGGUCCGCAUACCGUGGAGGCAGAACUCUGGCGACGGGCUUUCUGGACACUUGUGUACUAUGACCGUACCAUCAGCUGCGCCCUUGGACGGCCUGCGGGAUUACUAUACGACGACUUUGAUUUGCAACUCCCAAGUGAGGUCGACGAUCUGUAUUGGAAAAGCAAGCAGCCCUCCGAGGUUCCUUCACGAGUCGUUUUCUUCAAUGCCUUGAUGAAAUUAACCCAUAUUCUCGCAUGGGUUCUGCGCUUUCUCUACUCUCUCGACAAGAAAAAUGCGCUCUAUGAGGCAGGCAGCGAACAAUGGAAGGAGGAUUUGGUCGUUGAAUUGGAUUCAGCGCUCAAUGAAUGGGUCGAUGCCAUUCCGGAACAUUUGCGAUGGGAUUUGUCACAACCUCCUGAAGAUUCUAUAUUUUUUCAGCAAUCCGCUGUUCUUUAUUCCUCUUAUUACCAGGUCCAAAUCACCAUACACCGUUCAUUCAUCACCCGACAAGACGUCGGCGGCGACUUGCAGCGUCUUCCGUCGUUGGCUAUAUGUACUGCUGCUGCGCGUUCAUCUGUCCGAAUUGCCGAAGCCUGGAUACAACGGUAUCCCAAGAACGACCGCACGAGCCCGCCGCCAGCACUCUUAGUCUACCCUGUUGCAACCGCUGCAAUCAUUCUUUUAUUAAGCAGUUGGCAGAAACAUGUAACCGCCAAUGAAGGGGUCAGAAAACAGGUCGACAUAUGUCUAGAGGUGAUAACCGUCUGCGAAUUGCGAUGGAGGAGCGCUGGAAUUCUCCGAGACAUUUUGAAUGGUUUAGCGAAUCACAGUAUGAUGGCAACCGACGCUCAAGGAUUCUUGGAUCCACUUCUGGGCAAUAACAGGAUCAGUGAUUUUGGCAUCCCGACAGAGCAGCUGCAGCGCCUUGUGCAUGCGCCAACCGGUUUUGGCGCACAUGAGUGGUCGACUUACUUCAGGGGAGGCGUUCGAUCGGAUGGAAACCUCGCAGGAUGA